AUGUCAAUACUGAUCCCAGAAUCAGCCCAGGCGCUGAUUUCUGAAUCACGUCAGUUAAUGACAAAUAUAGAUAAAGAGUAUGAUAUGUCCCAAUAUGAUUUUCCUGAGCCAGAUCCUUUCGCAGAUCCAAAAGCAAAACCAACAUUCGCAGGACCUCAUAAAGAAAUCUACAAUCAGCACUACGUUCAAGUUAACACAUUUGAUAAAUUCCCAGAGAUGCCAGAUCCAGAUGAUUUUGCAACUUUGGAAGAAUAUCAAUUACAUAUUCACGAAUGGGAGCAAGAAGUUGCCUCUUUCUCAGAAAAAAUUGCUUUACCACAAACAAUAUCACACGUUUUACCACGCCCAACAAGACCAGAAAUCAUUCCAAAAGCAGAUAGAGAAGAUCCCGUCAUGAGAGCUAAAUUAAAACGUACAUUCAAUCCAAUGACAUCUCCAGCACAACCAGGCAACCAGAUGGCUGUCGAAAAGAUCCUUCUCAAAGGAACUCCGUACGAAGAAACUGAUAACUUGCCAUAUGCAGGUUUGAACGAGAAACCAGUUCCUAUCAAUGCUUACAUCGAAUCCAAGAAUUCCUGGGCUUCGGAACUCAUCCCGCAAAUGCCAGAUCCAAUGUUAUAUGAAUACUUCGAUGACUACGAAGACGCUUCAAUCCGCUGGGCCAAAAUUGUUCAGAAUCUCGAAAUCAUCCCACCGUCGCCAACCGAGCUAGGAAAUUUAACAGAUUUGCCGUUUGAAGGAAGUUCGACAAUUGUUGCACCAUUUAAACCAAAGGACCCUGUCAAACCACCGAAGCCAUUUACACAGUUCGAAUGCAGCUCAAAGGGCUCAAAGAAAGCGCUCAAGAAAUUAUUCAAGUACUACAAACGCACUCAGAAGGCUUUAACUACGCCAACGCUUGCUUCCGAGAAAGUCAAGAACCUUCACCAUUCAUCCAAGACCUAUACACCUCCUCACGCCGGUUCAAUUGGAAUUACAGCUCCAAUUAUUCAACAAGCUUAUAUGCAAUUUGGCGUUCCAUUAACACCAUUCGAAGGAUUUUCAUCUACACAGAUGCGCCGUCGUGAAUUAAUCACUUUAGACGUUGGAUAUCUCGCUCAACCAGAUUUAUACGAUUCUGGAUCAAUUAAUGCCAAAACAGAGACAGCAAACCUUGCCAAUCAACUCAACAAAGAUGUCAAGCAAUUCCUUAUCACAGAUCUCUCUCCAAAACAAUAUCAGUCUUUACUUUACGAGAAAUUGCCAAGUGGCGAUACCGUUGGUAGCCUUCUUGCCAAGAAGCUCUCUGUUGAGAAUCUCGUGAAGUAUUCUCUCAUUUCAAACUCAAUCAGAUUUUUAUCUCGUUGCAGCAUCACAGCACAAUACUUCCUUGGUCUCCAAUCCACAAGUGAACAAGUUCUCGACCUUCUACUUCCUCAUCUUGAGCGAUUUGUCGCAUUACUUACGUUCUCAACUCCAUAUUCCUUCAUUUUACCAGAAUUACCAGAUGAAGAGCUUAUAGCCGCCAUUUCAGAGUCACCCAAGUCAGACCAGCAGCUCGAGCAGAUGGCAAAUGACUUCAGACAGGCUCAGCUCCUUAAAUGUCUACAGUCUAUCGUCUUCACUUCACCUGACCGUUUCUUCCCAUUCUUCCAGAUUAUUCGUCCAUUAAUUCACAAAUGCUUCUGCCGUCUCUCCGAUAUUGUCAUGUCCGAUGUCACAUUUCCUCUUAUCAGUGAAGGCUUCUUGAAUGAGAAGAACUCAUCAGUCCACAUGUUCUAUUUCCGUCUUCUCAGGACAAUUGUAGAAGCUGAGUACUCCAGACUGAUCAGAGUGUUUGCGAUUCACGAUCUCCUUAAAUUCAUCAAACAUGCAGUUACUUCCCAAAGCGCAAUCAUCCGUCGCGAUGCCAGUUCUCUUUGGCAACUCAUGAUGCACACGGAUUCCUCUCUCGCAUUGCGCAUCCAGAUUCUCAACCAGAAACCAUCGAUUAUUUUGACAAUGCUUAAAGAAUCACAACCAAUUAUCCAGCGCUACAUCAUCGACGUCUUCACACUCUUCAGAUGCAACAACGCUGAGUUCGAUUACAGGCCAUUCCCUCUUCCUCUCUACAAGAACUAUGUAGACAGCCUCUGUCCGGAGCUCCAGAUCAAGAUCAAAGAGCCGGAAGCACAAGGCGACCAAACACUGAAGAAGGCUGAAUCCAAAGAGCAGAAGAAACAAGACAAAUUCAAGCAGGAACUCCAGAAAUGUUCUCACUUGAAGAAUCCUUACAAUGUCAGAGCAUUGACACUUUUAUUAGGUAUGAUGAGAGAUUAUCAGUCUAUCUACUGCAAGGACAGGAACGAGUUGAAGGAGUACGUCAACUCUUUCAUCACUAAGAGAUCAAACCUGUUGACUGAGUACAAGUUAUCUGAUUGUUUGAAGAUCCUUUAUAAGAAUGAUUUGUUGGAACCAUCGAAAGCAAAUCAAAUCUCUAUUUGGGCAUGGAUAUUCGAUACAAUACUCAGCAAAGACACAGAGUCGCCUAAGAGAUUGUCGUUGUGGAGGACAUUUAGUAACGCUCUUCUUUACCAAAGAGAUUUCAUGUCUUUUAUCUUACAAAAUCCGGAUUUGACAACGAGAUUCGAGAAAGCAUUCAAUUCUCUCGAUGAAAAUGUGUCAUUUACAAUGAUUUUGAUUCUUCCGUCUUUGGCACAGAAACUAUACGACGCUGAGAAGAAAUUCGGAAAUACUGUGGAGCAGUUCGUCAAAAACAAUCUCGAAGAAUUCUUCAGAAAACUCUGCCAACCAGAUGUAAGAAUCAGUGGAAGAAUUUUGGCUGCUUAUCAGAGCAAGAACACUUCAACAAUCAUGGCUCAAGUACACUCGUCUUUGGUCAUAUUCUUGAAGACUGUAAUCAACGCUCACGAAAAAUCUUCUCCGAAGGAUUCGAUGUUGUCGCAAUUCUUCGUUUCUGUCCUGGAUAACCAGGAAAUUCUUAAGCCUGUAAUCGCGGAUAUUAAGCAGAAAACAGUCUUGAAUUGA